AUGAUAAAGCUCAGUCUCGUAGUGUGUUCGCUGGUGGUGUGUUUGGGCCAAAUACAAUCGGCGCCCAAACUUAUUUGCUAUUACGAGAAUUGGUUCUCGUACCCAUCUCAUGGAAAGGGCCAGAUGUUUCCUAAGGAUAUAGAUAACACACUUUGCACACACCGUGUCUACGGCUACAACAGUGUACUGCCAUCGGCUGAAGUUAACAACACCGACCCGUGGCUCGAGACCAGCACUCAAUACCAUCAAUUAUACGAUUGGGGUCACCUUAAAGGCGAGGACAAAUCGCUGAUCGCGAUUGGUGGCUUUACAUUUGCUCAGUACCUUACUUACGCUACUGCCAAUCCGACCCUGUUCACCACCAACAUGGUCAAUUUUCUUAAGAAAUAUAGCCUGGAUGGUGUGGUACUUGAAUGGUCGUCAGUCGCCUGGAAAUACGAAUACAUGGAGUCGUAUGUGGUCUUGUUGAAACAUUUGAAAGAGGCAUUUGCCCAGGAUAAAUAUAUUCUGGCUAGUAUUAUUGCCGCCGAUCAGCCGGGCUAUGAUAUCAAGUCUGUUGCAGAGCAAGUUGACUUUGUCAUUAUCCAAUCGUUUGAUUAUCACGGCUCAUGGAACACUGAAGUUGGUCACUCAUCUGCCCUCGAGGAUCAGAAAAUAAGUGUUAACCGAUGGGUUGAGAAUGGCCUGCCUGCUGCUAAAGCGAUUGUUACUGUGCCCGCUUACGGCCACACCUGGACCCUCAGCGACCCCACCAAGACCGAUGUGGGCGCACCCGCAUCAGGACCCGGCACUGUAGGACCGUUUACCAAUUCAACCGGUAAAUUGGGUGUCAACGAGAUGAUGUUGCGCUUGAAAGACACACCAGGUUGGUCACGAAAAGAGGACAUACCCGCCGGCGCCGCGUACUAUGUUUUGGGCGACCAAUGGGUGUCCAUUGAGGACGAAAAGACCGCUGAAGUUAAGGGCAAUUGGGUUAAGAGCGCCGGUUUGGCCGGUAUUGCCGUUCAGGCCGUUAAUAACGACGACUUUAACGCUUUAGGAUCGACCACUAAAUUCCCACUUCUCAGAGCAUUGAUUAAAGGCUUUCAAUAA